UUCACAAGGAUUGUCUUCUGUCAUGGCCUUGGGAUUAAAGUGUUUCCGCUUGAUCCAUCCUGCAUUUUGCAGUUACCUUACAACUUUGACCAGACCUAUUUCAGAAAUCACAGUGAAGACAAUGAGUGGCAGACAACCUGACCAUAGGCAGUACAUGGCCUGUACAGUUGUACCAGUUCGACAUUUUGCCACUAAGAAAGCCAAAGCUAAAGGGAAAGGACAAUCCCAGACCAGAGUAAACAUUAACAUAGCCUUGGUGGAGGAUAUAAUUAACUUGGAAGAGGUAGAUGAAGAAAUGAAGUCUGUGACGGAAGCACUCAAGGACAACUUCAAUAAGACCCUCAACAUAAGGACCUCACCAGGAUCCCUUGAUAAUAUUACUGUGGUAACUGCUGAUGGGAAGCUUACUUUAAACCAGAUUGGCCAGAUAUCCAUGAAGUCACCACAGUUGAUUUUGGUGAAUAUGGCCAGCUUUCCAGAGUGUACAGCUGCAGCUAUCAAGGCUAUAAGAGAAAGUGGAAUGAAUCUGAACCCAGAAGUGGAAGGGACGCUAAUUCGGGUUCCCAUUCCUAAAGUAACCAGGGAACACAGGGAAAUGCUGGUGAAACUGGCCAAACAGAACACCAACAAGGCCAAAGACUCUUUACGGAGAGUACGUAGCAAUGCAAUUAAUAAGCUGAAGAAAUCAAAGGACAAGACCUCAGAGGAUACCAUUAGACUCAUAGAGAAGCAGAUCAGCCAAAUGGCCGAUGACACAGUUGCAGAGCUGGACAGGCAUCUGGCAGUGAAGACCAAAGAACUCCUUGGAUGAAGGUCCACCGUGGCCCAGCCACACACCAGAGCCUGGUUUCUGGUGGAUCCCAUAGAUGGCAAAUGGACACCCCUCUCCUACCAGCCACACAGAAGGUUGUAACUAUCCUGUCAUUGAUGAGAGGCCCAGCCUUCCCCUCAUCCCCACUGUUCUGCUAGGAGCCUUCUGGUGUGGAGAAUGAGGACACUACUGGCGAAGGAGCUUUCCUCAGGCAGUUGCCUUGUCCAUGGGUCCCCACAGCCGGGGACCAUUGGCAGGUUAUCACAUACUGUUCCUAGUCUCAGGAGCCUCUUUUUCUGUGAAUCAGGCCCCAUCUCUGCUUGGACUGAUGUGAGCCUGAACCCCUUUGCUCAAGGCCCAUUUUCAUCGUCAUAAAAUCUAAAUAAAUUUAAAAAAUAACUACAAAGAAAAAAAUAAAGUUGGUGUGGAUAGAUAAUCUCUAAAAAAAUCUAUAUAUAAAACAAUGAUGUUUUCACCUCUGGAUUAUCUUCACAUUUGUUCUGCUCUCUGCCUGGACCACUCUCUCUCCUCACUAUCUGGUCCUGUUCAUCUUGGAUGUCAUGUCUUCUUGGGAAGUCUUCUUGUCCCCCUAGCCUAGGCUGUCAUAGCUUAACGUACCACUUUUAUUUGAACCCCAGUCUGUUUCUUGGCAUCACACCUAGAGAGAGGAACAGAAGAGAAACAUUUGUAGGCAUUCAUGUAUUUGUAUUGUGAAUAAAUGAUGCAUAGUAGCUACUCAGCAAA